AUGCUCAUCACAUGCAACAUCCAGUUGCUACGUACACUGAGCUGGCGGCCUGGGCUGCUCAAAAGUUUGCCCUUGUACCCACACCAUCAAAGGCAACAAUUGGACGUGCUAUUAAACAACACUACACUAAGCUACCGUUCCGAUGCCAAGGACCGUAAAAACGACCGAGUCGUUGCUCUGCCGGCCGUCGAGCAACACCUUCUCGAGUGGGUCUUGCGCGAGCACGUGUCAGCCAUGCAAUUGAAUAGCCAGGAUGCUCCAUAA